AUGUCAAGAAUUAAUAAUAGUCAAUAUGGGUUUAUGACUACUACUGAUGAUAUUGUAAGUAAGAGGAUCGGAACAACUACAAUAAAACAAGUUGAAAGGGAAGCUGUAAUGGCAAUUAAUCUCCUGAAAUUUGAUAAAAUGGAUGUUGGAAUUGCAAUUUUAGACUUCAAAAUCUCAGAGCUUUUUUUAAUUAAUUUUAAUGAUUCACCAUCAUUUGUUAGAACUGUUAAUCAAAUUGAUAUUCAUACUCCAACAACAGUUAUAAUUCCAGAUUGUCAACAGAUUGAAAAAUUAAAGUUUGUGUUACUUUCAAAUCUUGAUGAUGAUGUCAAACAAAAAUUGGGAAAAUUGAAAAUGUUUGAUCCUUUAGUUGGUAGAGAAAUAUUGAAAGAACAUCUGUUAAAUGAAUUCAAUUGUAAUGACUUAGUUGCGGGUGCCGCUGGUGCUCUUAUAAAUACUUGCGAGGAAAUGAGAUUAAUCAAACCAACAAAUAAAUUUAAAAUAACACAUGUUGAAAAUCGUAAAUUCAUGUUGAUUGAUUCUUCUACAAUAAAAGACUUGGAGCUUGUUUCAAGUUCGAGUGAUAAAGGUCUUACAUUUUUCAAAUUUAUAAACAAAUGUACCACCAAAAUGGGUCAAAGAUUGUUGAGAACGUCAAUUUUGCAACCCUUAACCGAUGUUGAGGACAUCAAAUUAAGAUUAGAGUCAGUAACAGAAUUGAAAAACGAAGAUCAAAUAUUAUUUUGUAUUAAAAGUAAAUUGAAACAAUUACUGGACUUGGAUUCAUUAUUUUCUCAUUUAUUAGAUGAUUCUGGUAAUCAAGAACAACGAGUUAAUAAUAUUUUGUUACUAAAAACAAAUUUAAUGUUGAUAGUCGAAUUAGAGGAAUGUUUAAAUGUGAACUCGCCAAUUUUACAACAGAUCAAGGAAAUAUUUCAACAUAAAAACAUUGGGAAAUCUGAAAAGUGGACUCAAUGGAUUUUUAGAUGUUUCAAGAAGUGUAAGGGACAAAAUAUUGAAGAAGUUAAUGAUUAUGUUCAAAAACUUGCUGAAGAACAUGAUCUAAACAUUGAUUACAGGUACGAUCAAAUCAGAGGAUUUUACUUAAGAAUUAAAAUUAAAGAAAAGCUUACAUUGCCAACAGAAUUUACUAAUAUUAUUCAUAAAAAGAAUAUAAUUGAAUGUACUACUAUAGAUUUGCUAAAACAAGGUUCAAGAUUGAAUGAUAUCGUAAAUGAAAUCAACGUUGUUAGUAGUUCACUCAUUAAAGAAUUAUAUGAACAAAGUCAAGAUAACUUACCAAUAUUUUUUAUGGUUUCAGAAUCAAUUGCCAUGCUUGAUAUGUUGUGUUGCUUUGCAGACUUUGUCAAUUCACAAACUGGUUCAUACACAUGUCCGGAAUUUGGCAAUUAUACUCAUAUUCGUCAAUCUAGACAUCCUAUAUUUGAAACUUUAUUUGAAUUUAUUCCAAAUGAUUAUUCAUGUGUUCCUGAGCUUUCAAGAUUUCAAAUUAUAACUGGUGCAAAUAUGAGUGGUAAAUCAGUUUACAUCAAACAAUUUGCUUAUAUUUUAAUUAUGGGUCAAAUGGGGUUAUAUGUACCUGCUGAUUACGCCAUUAUCAAAAUUCAUGAUAGCAUAUUUUCUCGUCUUUCAUCAGAUGCUCAUAUAAACACUUCAACUUUUGCAAAUGAAAUGAAUGAUAUGAAUAAUAUUUUGAAAACAGCUGAUGACAAUAGUUUAUUAUUGAUUGAUGAAUUGGGUAGAGGUUCAAGUUUAAGAGAUGGGUUUGCCGUUUGUUUAGCUAUAUUAGAGCAUUUGACUUUUUUGAGAGCUACUGUUUUCACAACUACUCAUUUUCAAGAAAUUGCAGAAAUUUUAGGUAAUAAAUCUUGUGUUUUAUCUUCUCAUAUGAAAUCAGUUGAACAAUAUGGGAAAUUAAAAUCUGAAUUUAAGUUAGAAGCUGGGAAAUUGGGGACCGAAAGAUACGGUAUAAAUUAUGCUGAAUCAUCACAGAUUUUACCAUCAGAAUUAAUUACUUGUGCCAAAGAACUAAUUGAGCCAUUAAAAUCAAAAUCAAUUAAAAAUGACUCAAAAUCAAUGUCUAAGAGAAGAAAAUUAGUUUUAGAAUUAUACUUUGCCUUAACUCAAUUGAAAAAUUUAGAUUGUGAUAUAAAUUAUAAAUUAGAUUUGUUAAGAACCUUACAAGCUAGAUUUGUUGAUGAGAUUAAUGAAGCUACUGCCACUAAUUAA